AUGUGCUCAUGGCCCGUUUACUCCCUCACCGCAGCGGGUCAUGGCUAUUUGAAGACAGCGUGGCAACAGAAACAAAAACGACCCUGGCUUUCUUCCCCCACCAUCAUCGGUGUAUUUCGGAGCGAAGCAGCACAUUUCUGUGUUUUUACAAAUGGAAGAUUAUUUAUUCCACCUGCAAAAAUCAUUAUACCCAAAUUUAGUCUGUCCGACUGGGACAUCGUGCUGGCCACGAUCGGAGAAAAAGUCUUCCCUCUAGGAGGCGUUCGGAAAUUAUUUACAAUGAAUGGGCAUCUUUUGGGCGACUCAAAGGAUUUGCAAGACAAUCACUUUUAUGUUGCUGCGGGACUGGAGACCUUCAAAUAUUUUCCUUACUGGAAGUCUCCAAGGGUGCCCAGUGAGGUCCAACAAAGAUAUGCGAAUGUUGAAAAAAACUCACAGAGAAAGAAAAAAGUGGAUUCCAAAGGAAAAGAACCUUGUCACUAUGAUGACAUACCCCCCAAAACACAGGAUUCUGUUUAUUACGCCAAAGAAGAAAAGAAGAAAACAUUGGCAGAACCUUUAGUCCAAAGAGGAGCAGAAGGUGACGUGUAUAAAGCACUGACUCCUAGAAAGGAAACCGAAGGGGCGCUGGACGUCAAAGAGGACCACCAUGUGCAGCUGGAGGUGCCUGUGGACCAGAGACAAGCUGAGAUAGUUAAAGAAGAUGAAGAGAUACAUGAGAACACCCCUGAUUUUGAGGGCAACAACGAUAAAGAAGAUGCAAGGCUUUGUGAAGACAUUGAAAGCAAGAUGGCCCCGGAGUGGAAACCCGUAGAUUAACAAAACCACCUUUAUUAUCUAUCUGAAGUCCACUUUUCUUCAACCGUGGGGCUUCCAUGUCACAUAUGGACAUUUUAACAGCAAGAAAAUCACAUGUGGGGUGAAACUAAAGCCACACACAGUGGUGUCUUCUCGAAAGCCAAAGAUGAGGUUUCCCAGUUGAGCUCCAUAUUCUUCUUCUUCCCUUUCUCGGUGAUAUUUCUUUUUAGUAAACAUUUUAAAGAAUGAAA